GUCCAUUCACAAUCCCUCCCAACCCAAAAACCCUCCCAUCCUCCCAUCCUCACAAAAAAAAAAAAUCACCAUCAGGAAAAUUAUCUCUCUUUGGGGACAAUAUCAUUGGGGAUUGCAUUGAAUGUCCCCUUUUGUGGCAGUCGCAAAACACUCUUCUCUUCUUCUCCUUGGCUCACACACCAAAACACCCCCCCCCCCCAUCCGCCUGCAGUCAUCGCGCUCAUUUCUCUCGACCUUAAUUUGUUGAUCUUCAAUCCUCCUUCCUGGUAAAAAGGCAACAAUUCAUUUAGCCCGGUGGCCUAUCAAUUUUACUUUGACUUUCAAUUCCCGAUCAUCGAAUUCCAACGGCCUAUUUCUACAUCUUUCAACUUCUUGAGCUCAAUCGAGAGCUCCUAAUACAAUUACGAUGGCUUCAUCAUCGUCUAAUGUCGUCGGCGUUCAUUAUCGCGUAGGGAAGAAAAUCGGAGAGGGUUCUUUCGGUGUCAUCUUUGAGGGAACCAAUCUACUCAAUAAUCAACAAGUGGCUAUCAAAUUCGAGCCUCGAAAGAGUGACGCUCCACAAUUGCGAGAUGAAUAUCGAACUUAUAAGAUUCUUGUUGGCUGCCCUGGUAUUCCUAAUGUCUAUUACUUUGGUCAAGAAGGCCUUCACAACAUCCUUGUUAUCGAUCUCCUUGGUCCAUCGUUGGAAGAUUUGUUCGAUCACUGCAACAGAAGAUUCUCAACCAAGACGGUGGUGAUGGUAGCUAAGCAAAUGCUUUCAAGGGUACAAACAAUUCACGAGAAGAACUUGAUCUAUCGAGACAUCAAGCCCGACAACUUCUUAAUUGGCCGUCCGAAUACGAAAGCCGCAAAUGUGAUCCAUGUUGUCGACUUUGGCAUGGCCAAACAAUACCGGGAUCCCAAGACCAAGCAACACAUUCCAUACCGCGAGCGAAAGUCAUUGUCGGGUACUGCUAGAUAUAUGAGUAUCAACACACAUUUGGGAAGGGAACAAUCAAGACGAGACGAUCUGGAAGCUUUGGGUCAUGUUUUCAUGUAUUUCUUACGAGGUGGUUUACCAUGGCAAGGAUUGAAGGCUGCUACCAACAAGCAAAAGUACGAGAAGAUUGGCGAGAAGAAACAAACGACCGCGAUCAAGGAUCUGUGUGAUGGUUUCCCAGAGGAGUUCAACCAAUACUUGAGCUAUGUAAGGAACUUGGGCUUCGAGGAUACACCCGAUUACGAUUACUUGCGGGAUCUCUUCACGCAGGCUUUGAAGAACAGUGGUGAAGUUGAAGAUGGAGAGUACGAUUGGAUGAAGUUGAACAAUGGCAAAGGGUGGGAAGCUAUGAAACAACAUCCAUCUCAACACAUGUUGCACCAACCCAAUGCUGUCCCAGGAGCCUCGCAAAGAGAACUACAUGGAACAGCUCGAGGAGGGAAUACAACACCAGGUCACCUCACUGCCGCCCGUUUAAACGCCGCACAACCCCCGCCACCAUCUCCGAUAAAACCAGGGAUGGGAAAGUCUCGCGACCGCCAAAACGCCCCAGGUGCGUUAGCCCCGAAACGCAACAGCGGAGCGGCGGGGGCCAUUCAGGAUGCAUCUACACCAGCAGGUUCAACUCAAGCUCAAUUCCAGAACAGCUCAAACAACCUACCUCAAAGGAUGAGCGCAGCCCAGCAAACACCACUGAACACCAAUGGGAGAGGACCAUCAGAACAGUCACCACCAACGGCAAUGCAAAAGAUCAUGAAAGCUCUGUGCUGCGGUUGAGCACUUGUCCAUAAUUGCUUUUUCAUUUCAAAGAACUUUUUACGCCCUCGACUCUUUCACUUUCCAUCCCGUCUUCAUAUUGAAUGUCGGAUAUAAUGAACACCCCCAAUUUACAAAUCGUUUCAAAUAAGAUCAUGUACCGGAGUUGCAUCAGUUUGACCGCCAAGUCGUUUCUUCUUACAGGCCUCGUCUUUGCUUUUGUGGUUACAUCAUCGUAUUCCACGACUUUGAAGCUUGGUUCGAAACACGAAACUACAUUAUAAACACACAAUACCUUCGGUUGGCAUUUGGAAUUUGGCAUCUGGCAUUUGGGACUUCUUCAGCGAAGCACUUCAAGACUAAUAAUUGUUUUUCCUACAUUUUCCCUCUCCGUCUCACCCUCCAUUUCACUCUCCCAUCCAAAAUAUCGUUCUUUGGCAUCACAGUUUUCCCACUUUUCUCGUCGAAUCAUAUCAUGGCUCUCCUACAUACCAAGAAACGCUGGUCUUUAAUUCAAUAUCCCCCAAGGAAAAGAAGUUUGGAAUGGGUAGCGGGGUCACUUUUUACGAUGUAUAGCUUUUUGACCCGUUCUCUUUUUUUUUCCCCCCCAUCAUACUUCUUUGGAGCGAGCGGAGUGUUACGUCUUUUAUUUUUUUUUCAGUGACACUGCAGCAAUGGCGAAUUGGGAGUGUGGUGUGUAUUCGUUUUUUUUUUACUGCUUGUUUGCGUGUUGUGGUGAAGGGGUUGCUACAUUAGAUGCAUAUGGGAGAUGUUGAUGGGGUGGAUUGAGAGAUGCCAUGGGAGAAGAUUCCUUUUUUUGUAUGUUCUGAUGGAUGGGACGGAUGGGCUGCAUGUCAUAUCACUCUUUUCAUCUUUUUCAGUAGCAACGAAUGAGAGAAAAAUGUGUAUGUGGAAAGAAAAGUAAUGGAGUCUGUCUUUUUUUCACUUGUUUUUUUUUUAACCAUGCGAAAUAAAAGGGGUGGAUUCUCAUAUCAGCAGCAUCAGGCACAUCAACCAAACAAUCAAAUCACAAUCAAAACAGAGAGAAGAAUCAGCACAACAGGCAAAGAAGAAAUGAUAGUUUAAUGGAAGUUGAUAAUGGAUGGGAUCUUUGGAUGUGUAGAUUUGUAGAUGUAUGUGUGAAUUUAAUGUUGUAUGUUCUUUGUAUAUUGUAUAUUG